AUGGAUUUAUUAAAGGGGUUUAUUUUAUCUCUAGUGCUAAUAAUUGUGUAUUGGUUGCUAUGGAGAUGGCGGAAUAAGCGCGUGUUAAUGUUGGCAGCGCAACUUCCCGGUCCCACGGCUUUACCAAUAUUAGGAAAUGCUUUAAUGUUUAUGACGAAGCCUGAAGAACAAUUAAAGAAAAUUGCAGCAUUACUCGAACAAUACGGUGACUACAUCAGGUUCUGGCUUGGACCGGACCUUGUAAUAGUCAUUAAGGAUCCAACUGAUAUACGGUGCCUACUAACGAGUAAUAAAAUUAACCAAAAAGGUCCAGCAUAUGAUUACAUGACGCCAUUUAUUGGAAAGGGAAUUUUAACUGGAGGACCCAAAUGGCGCGUUUAUAGAAAAAUCGCAAAUCCGUCGUAUAACAAAAAAUCAAUAGAGACAUUUAGUGAAGUUUUUAAUGAGGAGGCUGAUGCUCUCACAAAUGUCUUUAGACGUCGAGAUAAUAAUAUUUUUAACGUGUAUUAUGAUGUAUUACAAUGUACUACGCGAGCUGUGUGCCGUACAUUGAUGGGGUUGUCAAAGGAAGAUAUCGUGGAACUGAAACAUCUAGACGAAGUUAUACAUGAGACGCAAAACAUAUACUCACUUGUUUUUACAAAAAUGACUCGUUGGUGGCUGCAAAUACCUUUAAUAUAUUGGUUAAGUGGAAAUUAUAGAAAACAGCUUUAUUAUCAAAGAAUUGUCGAUGGAUUGAUUACCGAUAUAAUUGAAAAACGAAGAAAAUCGCUAGGUAAAGAGGAAAAUUAUGGUAUGGGCGUUGUCGACAGAUUUAUAUUAAAUGGUUUAUCGGAAAAUGAGAUUAAACUGGAGUCAUUCGCUUUAUUUACUACGAGUCAAGAAGCAUCAGCAAAAAUUGCAUCUGGUGUGUUGCUAUUUUUGGCUCAUUUACCGGAGUGGCAGUCAAAAGUUUACGAGGAAAUUAUCCAAGUUAUAGACGAUGAUUCCGUCUCGGAUGACCAAAUAAGAAGAUUAGAAAAUCUUGAUAUGGUGUAUAAAGAGGUUUUGCGUUACUUGUCUAUCGCGGCGCUCAUUCAAAGAACUGUUGAGGAAGAUGUCACUAUUAGUAAUGGUAAAUUCACUCUCCCAUCUGGUACAGUUGUGGCAAUUCCAAUACACGAAGUCCACAGGGAUUCCCGAUUUUGGGAUGAACCGUUGAAGAUAAAGCCGGAGCGAUUUCUUCCCGAAAACCAGAAAAAUAGAGAUCCAAAUGCUUUUAUACCGUUUAGUUUGGGCGCUAUGGAUUGUCUAGGACGAGUCUACGCAACAACGCUCAUAAAAACAAUAGUAAUCCGAGUUUUGAGACAUGUCGAACUAUCUGCGGAGGGAAAGCUUGAGGAUCUGGAUCUGCAUGUUGCUAUAUCAGUAAAGUUCGCUAAAGGAUAUAAUUUACGUGUACGACCAAGAAUGAAUAAAUGA